CGUUCGCGUGCUGAUAAGCAAAAGCACGACAAAAACUAAGUAGCUAUUGAAGCUUUGUCGAAAUAAAAAUAUUGAUAGCGUUCAAAAAUUGUCACAAACCACACAGAGCUUGAAGUGUGCACGUCGCCUCUUGCUUUUCUUCGUCAAAAAAAUAAUAAUCAAUGUGCUCUUAAUAACAUAGUUCGGAAGUUUAAGUGUAUAUAGUAAAUCGGUGUAAACUGCAUGUGAUUCUUGUUUAGGUCUUUAUAAUUUCCAAUAAUUGCAAAAUAUUAAAAUCAACUAUGAGUGAGAAAUUAAUGAACGGCACUUGCAACGGCAACGGCGAUGUCACCAGCAACAAAUGCAACGGCACAGGGAAGGGGAACGAAAUACGCGUAUGGUGUGAUGGCUGCUACGACAUGGUGCACUUCGGGCAUGCCAAUUCUCUGCGACAAGCCAAAGCACUUGGCGAUAAGGUAAUUGUGGGCAUACACACCGAUGAGGAGAUCACCAAACACAAAGGACCACCCGUCUUCACCGAGGAAGAGCGCGUUAAGAUGGUCAAGGGCAUCAAAUGGGUCGACGAAGUGGUUCUAGGUGCACCCUAUGUGACCACACUAGAAGUGCUCGAUCAAAACAACUGUGAUUUUUGUGUGCAUGGCGAUGAUAUAACUAUGACCGCCGAGGGUGUCGAUACGUAUCAUCUGGUUAAGUCAGCAAACCGUUACAAGGAAGUUAAACGCACCGCUGGCGUUUCAACCACAGAUCUCGUGGGUCGCAUGUUGCUGCUAACACGCAAUCAUUUCCGUCAAGGCUCCGCCGAAUAUGAUAUUGAGAAAGAAGAAUCGACAGCUAAACUUUUAAAACUUCAACAACUGCAAUCCCGUCUAGGUUCAUCAAACAUGGGUCAGGAUUCAUCAGCAAAGAGUCCCUGGACCGGAUGCAGCCAAUUUUUACCCACAACGCAGAAGAUCAUACAGUUUAGUGAUGGCAAAUCACCUAAUCCCAGCGAUAAAAUUGUGUACGUUGCAGGUGCAUUUGAUCUCUUCCAUGUGGGUCAUUUGGAUUUCCUGGAAAAGGCUAGUAAAUUGGGAGAUUAUUUAAUUGUGGGAUUGCACACAGAUCCCGUUGUCAACUCGUACAAAGGCAGCAAUUAUCCCAUUAUGAAUCUCCAUGAGCGUGUUCUCAGCGUAUUGGCCUGCAAGUUUGUAAAUGAGGUUGUGAUCGGCGCACCCUAUUGCGUCACAGAGGAGCUGCUUGACCAUUUUAAGAUCGACAUUGUCUGCCAUGGACGCACACCGAUUGCCAUGGAGGAUGGUAAAAUUGAUCCAUAUGCUGUGCCCAAGACGCGAGCCAUUUUUGAGUUGCUCGACUCUGGCAACGAAAUGACCACGGAGCGCAUUGUUGAGCGCAUUAUCUCACAUCGGCUGGAAUACGAGCGACGCAAUCAAGCCAAAGAAAAGAAGGAAAUUGAAGCAUUUGAGGCGCUGCAAAGGCAAAAGCAAACUCAAAAGGCGGGCUAAGUCCCAGCUAAAACGUUCGCUUUAUUUUUAUCAAUUUAGACAAAUGUGUUUUUAGUUUACCACUUUUUCGUUAGUUUCGUUUUUCUUUAGUUCGUCCUCGAUUUUUUGCAUUUGCUUUUUGUUUUUAUUUUGAGAUAUGCGAAUGCAAUUUUUCUCAACUAUCACAUUUAAAUGAAACAAACAUUUAAAUACCAACUAUAUAUUUGUAUAUUUUUAUAUACAUUUAUAUAUAGGAAUUGUAGUGUAUUUUAAUCUAAAUUUUAUGUAUAUGGUAGGAUCAAAAUCUGUAAAUUUACCCACUUGUAUAUUGUAAGUGCAACCGAAUGGUAACUCGACAAAAUUGUACGAAAUAUAUGUAAGAUUAAUGCAGA